GCAGCCCUGGGCCAUUGCAGUGCUAUGGAUUUGGACCCUUGGGCGACUUGAACUGCUCAUGGGAGCCUCUUGGGGACCUGGGAGCCCCUUCCACGCUGUACCUCCAGAGCCAGAAGUACAGGCCUUGCCAGCUCUACCUUCUACAUUAUGCAGAAUCUGGCACUCCUCACUUCCUCAGCACCCACCAUAGUCCAGUUCCCAUCAUCGCUGGCCUGGACCGUGCGGUCACCUCCUCCCUGGACUCGGUUUCCACCCUUAGCCCCACAGUCUGUUCUCCACCACAGCAUCCAGAGGACACCUGUGAACUUCUGUUUUAUUUAUUCUUUAAUAUUUCUUUAUUUAUUUGGCUGUUCUGGGUUUUAGUUGCAGCAUGUGGGAUCUUCGUUGCGGCAUGCGGGAUCUAGUUCCCUGACCAGGGAUCGAACAUGGGCCCCCUGAAUUGGGAGCACGGAGUCUUUUUUUUAAAUUUAUUUAUUUAUUUUAUUUUUGGCUGCGUUGGGUCUUCAUUGCUGUGCGCGGGCUUUCUCUAGUUGUGGCGAUUGGGGGCUACUCUUCUUUGCGGUGCGUGGGCUUCUCAUCGCCGUGGCUUCUCUUGUUGCGGAGCACAGGCUCUAGGCGCGCAGUAUUCAGUAGUUGUGGCACACAGGCUCAGUAUUUGUGGCUCGCGGGCUUAGUUGCUCUGCGGGGCAUGUGGGAUCUUAACGGACCAGGCCUGGAACCCCUGUCCCCUGCAUCGGCAGGCGGAUUCUUAACCACUGGACCACCAGGGAAGUCCCGCACCUGUGAACUUCUGAAUCAGGGCAUGUCCCUCCCCAGCUCACAGCCCUCCAGGGCUCCCACCUCACUCAGGGUAAAAGCCGAAAUCCUUCCUGCAGCCCAUCAGGCCCUGUAUAAUUUGCCUGUCACCUCCCUGCCCUCACCUCCUCCCACUUUCUCGCUCACUCACUCUACUCCAGAGGACAAGCCUGCUCCUCACUGUUCUUCGUAAAACACCAGGCACAGUUUGGCCACAGGACCUUUGCACCAGCUGCUCCCUCUUCCUAAAAUGCUCUUCCCGAGGUAUUGCGUUGUUCCGCACCACAUCCUUCAGGCCUUUAUUCAAAUGUCUCAUCAGAGAGCUUUCCUGACCACCUUUCCUAAAAUAGCACUGUCACUCUUCAUCCUAUCAUCACACUGAAUCCCUCUCACCCAGCUUUAUUGUUCUCUGUAUCGCUUAUACCACCAUCAGUUAUAUAUUUACGAGUUUCUCAUUUGCCUCCCCCACUGGAACACCAGCUCCGGAUAGUGGAUCCUUGCCUGCUUUGGUCAGAGUCCUAUUCCCAGCUUCUACAACAGAAGUGUAUAUUUGCUGAGUGAACAGUUGCGUAGAAGUCAAUGUGCGUAUACGUAAUAGGUGCUCAGUAAACAAAAUAACCAAUGCUCAUGUAACAUGUAUUGUGCCCCUGACACUUGCUGUUCUAAAUGCGGUCCAUUUCUCAUCUCAUUGUUCCCCUCCCCAUUCAGCCCUUUCAGCAAGCACUUUUUAAAAAAGACAUUUAUUUAUUUAUUUAUUUGGCUGUGCCAGGUCUUAGUUGCGGCACACUCGUUGGGACACGCGGGAUCUAGUUCCCUAACCAGGGAUCCAACCGUGGUCAUUGGGAGCACCGAGUCUGAACCACUGGACCACCAGGGAAGUCCCUCAGGAGGCAAUUUUAUCACCCUCGUUUUGUAGAUGAGGAAACUGAGGCACAGAGAAGUUAAGUUGCUUGCUCAAGGUCACACAGCUCUGAAGCAGGAGAACUGGGAUUUGAACCCAGGCAGAAAAUAUGUUAUCAUUACGGCUCUGGGCCCAGCCCACCGUAUGCUGCCCCGAUUCUCGCAUCUCUCCUCACAGCCAUUCCAACAAAACCUGGACUGUGGCAGUGCCCACUGGGCAGAGCCGGGUGACCAUUCCACGGGAACAGCUCACCACGUCUGACGAACUCCUCGUCUGGGUGGCCAGGGCAGGCCAACCUCUCUGGCCCCCAGUCUUCGUGAACCUCGAAACCCGAAUGAAGCCGGAUGCCCCCCAACUGCACCCUGAUGUGGACUUCUCAGAGGAUGACCCCCUAGAGGCCACUGUCCAAUGGGCCCCUCCUAUGUGGCCACCCCAUAAGGUCUUGGUCUGCCAGUUCUACUACCGAAGAUGCCAGGAGAUGGCCUGGAUGCUGCUGGAACCUGAAGUGAAAUCCAUACCCCUGACCCCUGUUGAUAUCCAGGACCUGGAGCUAGCCACUGGCUAUGAGGUAUCUGGCCGCUGUCACGUGGAGGAAGAAGAGGAUCUAUGGAGCGAGUGGAGCCCCAUUCUGUCCUUCCAGACACCACCCUCUGCUCCAAAAGAUGUGUGGAUAUCAGGGAACAUCUGUGGGGCACCAGGCGGACAGGAACCCCUGCUUCUGUGGAAGGCCUCGGGGCAUUGCGUGCAGGUGAGCUACAGAGUCUGGUUCCAGAUUAAAGAUCAGGAGGUGAUCCAGGAGGAGACCUCAUGUUGCAACAUCUCCAUCCCCACUCAAGCGGAGUGGGCUGGGGUGUCCGCCAUCAACGCCACAAGCUGGGAGCCUCCUACCAACCUCUCUUUGGCCUGCUUGGGUCCAGGCUUUGCCCCUCGCGGUGUGGUGGUCAGCAUCAUCCCUGUAAGCUCGGAUCUGCUGGUGACUUGGCAACAGGGGUCCGGGGGGCUGCAGGAGCAUGUGGUGGACUGGGCUCGAGAUGGUGACCCCCUGGAGGAUCUCAACUGGGUCUGGCUUCCUCCUGGAAACCUCAGUGCUGUGUUGCCAGGGGAUUUCGAAGGAGGGGUGCCCUACCAAAUCACGGUGACAGCAGUCUCUCCUUGGGGCUUGGCCCCUGCCCCCUCCGUCUGGAAGUUCAGAGAGGAACUAGUACCCCUGGCAGGGCCAGUGCUUUGGCGACUCCAGGAUAGCCCCCCAGGGACCCCUGCUGUAGCGUGGGGAGAGGUCCCAAGGCACCAACUUCGGGGCCAUCUCACCCACUACACCCUGUGUGCACAGAGUGGGACCAGGCCUUCUGUCUGCAUGAAUGUGAGUGGCAGCACCCGGACCAUCACCCUGCCCGACCUUCACUGGGGUACCUGUGAGCUGUGGGUGACCGCGUCCACCAUCGCAGGACAGGGCCCACCGGGUCCAAGCCUCCGCUUUCACCUACCAGAUAACACCCUGAAAUGGAAAGUUCUGCCAGUUGUCCUUCUCGUAUGGGGUUUGCUCCUGACGGGCUGUGGCAUGAGCCUAGCUACCUCCGGAAGGUGUGUCCACCUGCGGCACAAGGUACUACCCCACUGGGUCUGGGAGAAGGUUCCUGAUCCUGCCAACAGUAGUUUCAGCCUGCCCCACAUGAAGGAGGUGCCCCAGGCCCAGCCCCCUGGGGACUUGCCCAUCCUGGAAGUGGAGGAGAUAGAGCAGGUACCGAUUAUGGAGGCCCCCCAGGCCUCAGCCCCACUGGACUCUGGAUAUGAGAAACACUUCCUGCCCACACCCGAGGAGCUGGGCUUUCUGGGCCACACCCCAGGUUCCAGGUUAUGGACUGAACCAACCCCAGGAGGGGAGAGGGGUGCUCAUUUGACAGAUGAAGACACUGAGGCUCAAGGAAGCUGAGUCACUUGCUUGAGGACACCCAGCCAAGGAAGAGCUGAGAUUGAAGGACCCCUACAGAAAAGGGCCUGGCCCUACAGGGAAUAUACGGAUGGAUGAGGGAGCAAAGAAAAAUGUAUGAAAUCCAGAGUGGCAGGUGCCUUCCCAAAUCUGUCCUGCUGCUAUAACAGAACUGUAGUUGGGUACACUCCCAGCCUCCCUUGCAGCUAGGUGCAGCCAUGGACUGAGUUCUUAUGAGUGGAACAUAAGCAGAAGUGACAUGUGCCUCCAGUGGGUCUGCGUGGGGGCUCUUCCACAUUCCCUUCCCUUUCCCAUGAGCUGGAGCAUUGAUGUGCCCUGUGAUCCAGCUUUGGCCAUACCCAAGGUGAAGGUGGAGCAAGAAAUGGAAAGGAACCAGAGUUCCUGAGUGAUUGCCUGGAUCAGAAGUGCCCAGAGAAAUAAAUUCUUUCUGUUUUGAUAGC